CCCUCUUAUGAUAUGAAACAGCCAGCCACAUCAGCCCAGAGCCGCAGGUCACACUGAAGAUGAGCGACAAACCAGUUCUACUGUUCAUCCACGGAGCAUGGCAUCCCCCAAAAUGCUACGACGCCAUAAAAUCAGCCCUCACUAACCUCAACUACCAAUGCAUCAUCCCCAAGCUCCCCUCCGUAGGCCCUGAAAGUCACGGCGUAACAUGGGAAGCAGACAAAGUCAAGAUCAUCGAGACAGCAGAACCUUUCUUCUCCGAAGGUCGCGAAGUUGUUCUCAUCGCUCAUUCCUACGGCGGCAUUCCCGCAACUGCCGCGACUGAAGGCCAAGGCACGCAAGAUCGUGCGAAGCGCGGCUUGAAGGGUGGAUUCCACUCGAUCAUUUUCUUAGCUGCGUUUGCUGUCCCGGUCAAGGGCUGGGAUCUCAUUACGACGUUUGGUGGGGCUUAUCCGCCGUGGUUACAGGCUGGCGAGAAGUACACAAAGAAUCAAAUUACUAAAAUGGGGGAGGGAGCGAGGGAGAGUGUGUACAGUGGAUACAGGGAAGAAGCGAUAGAUAAAGCUUUGGAGUCUACGGAGCCGCAUUCCCAGGAUGCGUUUGAGACGAGUCUGGAUUUCAUCGCCUCGGAUAUCACUAUUCCGAAGACAUACAUCAUUUGCGAAAAUGAUCAGUUGAUUUUAUUGCCUCUUCAGGAAAAACUUGUGGAAUCAACGCCUGGGAUGAGGUCUGCAAGGCUGGCAGCAGGUCAUAGUCCGUUCGUGGAGAAGACGGAGGAGACAGCAGAACUGAUUGUGGACAUUGUUGAGGGUCGUGCGUAAAUAGAUUAGACUGAAUGAGUCAUUGAAUAGAAGCGAGACUAUCGGUCCUAAUUGACGAUGCCUGAGCUCGUCCUCGCAGGGCUGCAGUGUGUGUCAUAUCGGCCAACAUCCGUGCGGCUCCGCAGACUAACCCGCGGUCCCGCAUCAAGCUUCCGCAG